AUGCCGCCUCCAAUAUCCACAAUAAGGGCCCGUGGGUUAUUCGUGAUACCUCGGUAUCGGAACCAAUGGGUAUGCCCGUCCUGUCUGACUCAAUCCCGAAGACUCCAUGCCGAAGCAGCCAAAACACCCAACCAGUCAACCCCCCCACCUCUAGUUGGAAGAUCUCAGUCUGUGAAGUCUACAGUUAAGGGCAAAGAAAAAGAUAGCGAUAACUCAAAAUGGGAGGUUACAGUUGGAUUGGAGAUCCACGCACAGCUCAAUGCUUCUCGAAAACUCUUUUCUUAUGCUGCUACGUCUUUCAAUGCACCUCCUAAUAGUCGGGUAGCACCAUUUGAUGCUUCAAUACCUGGUAUACAGCCUAAACUCAACAUUCCCACAAUCGUACCCGCGAUCCGCGCUGCUGUCGCCCUGGACUGUCGGAUCAACCGCCGUAGCGCUUUUGACCGUAAACAUUACUUUUACAAAGACCAGCCUAAUGGCUAUCAAAUAACACAAUUUUAUCACCCUUUUGCGUCAGAUGGGAAGAUAGUAUUAAACGAACUGGAUGGUUUAGAUCCAUCCGAAGUCGUGGAAAUUGGAAUAAAGCAAGUACAGAUGGAGCAAGAUACUGCAAAAUCGAUAUUUCAACCUUCGACGGAGGAUACACCGGCAAGAACCCUCGUAGAUCUCAACAGAACCGGCUCAGCUUUGGUUGAGAUUAUUACCACACCAAGCCUUAAAUCCUCGAAGCAUGCGGCAGCAUGUCUAAAGAAAAUCCAAAGCAUCCUGAGGGCUUCUACAGCAGCUAUCGAUGGUAUGGAAAAGGGAGGAGUACGAUGUGACGUCAAUGUUUCCAUUCAAGGAAGGGGAUUGCCAGGGCUGGGAAGAAGGGUUGAGAUCAAAAAUUUGAAUAGUGUCAAGGCAGUACAAGAAAGCAUCGAAGCGGAAAUAAAACGACAGAUAGCAGUACGUGAAAGGGGCGGUGAAAUCGAAGGUGAAACUCGGGGUUGGGAUGCUGUUAAAGGAGAGUCGAGAAAACUGCGUAGUAAAGAGGGAGAAGUGGAUUAUAGAUAUAAACCAGACGCAGAGUUGCCACCCCUAAUAAUUGACGAAUCCCUCGUAAACCACAUCAAAUCGACUCUACCCCCAUUACCUGACCAGAUUAUUUUGGGGUUAAUGAACGAGCCAUUCGCCCUAACGCUCAAAGAUGCCCGCACCAUGGUCGACCUAGACGAUGGAGCAAGAGUGAAUUACUAUAGAUCGAUCUACGAGGAUUUAUCGGCUCGUCAAGACUUUAAACCAGGUUCGAAACAUUUAGGUAAAUUGGUAGGAAAUUGGACACUCCAUGAACUAGGAGGUAGACUGGCUUCCAGUUUUAUUGCAUGGUUGGACAAUCCGGUUACUACGGCUCAAAUGGCGGACCUCCUUUUCAACCUCCAAAAUGGAACUCUCACCGCAGGGAAUGCCAAACGGGUUCUGGACCAUCUUGUCACCUUUAAUGAUUCAAAUAUUCGUGUUGUAGAUCUAAUCGAGGAGUACGAUCUUGGAUCACGGUCUACUGAAGGGGAGGAUGAUGAAGGGCUCAUCCAGAUUGCGAACCAUAUUAUUUCCGAAUAUCCCGAGAAAGCAGAGCAGGUGCGAUCCGGGAAGAAGCCAAACCUCAAGAACUUCUUCAUUGGAAACCUGAUGAAGGCGACUGGAGGCAAAGUCGAUGUUCAGGCUUGCAAGCAGGUUAUUGAGAAGAUCUUUUCCGCAUAA